CAAACAUCGUAAAACCCGCGUCACGCCGUUUACCUCCGUGACCCGCGCUGACACACUGCUAACUCCACCGUGUCAGACCCACGCCGCGCUCUGGGUGGGUCUGCGCCGAGGGGCCGAUCAGAUAAUCCCCCCCACUCCCCCGACUCCACCUGCUCCUCCGGGGGGACAGAGCUGCGCCUGGGACACAGCCCACACACACAGGCGGCACAGGCACGCGGGUACAAGUGUGCACAGUCCCCCGGGAGAGAUCCAGGGACCCACCGAGACAGAGGAGAGAGAGAGCACACACUCCGUCAGGCGGGAUAGGAGCACGGAGAGGCCGGCAACAAUUGCGCAAAGUCCGAGGGAGAGAUCCAGGGACCCACCGAGGAGAGAGCCCGCACACACGCUCCAUCCGCGGGACAGGAGCACUAAGAGGCCGGCAACAAGUGCGCUCUGCCCGGAGAGAGCUCCAAGAACGCACCGAGGCAAAGUUUAGCAGAAAGUGAAUUCUUUGGAGCAGCUCAUCAUCAUCUCGUCUGGAUCAUGUUCCUCAGUCUCUUCCUCAGCUUUCUCCUCAGCCUCCUCUUUUUGGGUGUGGGCGUCGCUGCUAAGGAUUGGCCCUCGGCUCCACACGGCUGCACAGAUGGCAGCUGUUACCCGGCCACAGGGAACCUUCUGAUUGGUCGAGCGGUGAACCUAAGCUCCUCCUCCACCUGCGGCCUGCACUACCCUGAGCAGUACUGCAUCGUGAGCCACCUGCAGGAGUCAGAUAAGUGUUUUGAGUGUGACUCUCGCUCUCCGUACAACCCCAACAACAAACAGAGCCACCUCAUCGAGAACGUCAUCUACCUGAUGGACCGCGAGGGAGAGCACACCUGGUGGCAGUCUGUUAACGGUGAAGAAAAUGUGAGCAUCCGAUUGAACCUAGAGGCAGAGUUCCACUUCACUCACCUCAUCAUCAAGUUUAAGACGUUCCGGCCCGCUGCAAUGAUCAUCGAGCGUUCCGCAGACUUUGGUCGGACUUGGAGGCCGUAUCGAUACUUCGCUCAGAACUGCUCCAGGAUCUUCCCUCUGGUGCCCUCUGGUGGCCUAAGGCACAUUAAUGACGUGAUCUGUGAGGAGCGAUACUCGGACAUCGAACCCUCGACCGAUGGAGAGGUCAUUUACAAAGUCCUAGAUCCAGCCAUCCACGUGAAGGACCCGUACAGCCUCGACAUCCAGGAGCUGUUGCGCAUCACAAAUCUUCGCAUAAAUCUGACGAAGCUGAACACUCUGGGGGACGACCUGCUGGACCGGCGCUCCGAUGUUUUACAGAAGUAUUACUACGCCAUAAAAGAGCUGGUCGUACGAGGGAGCUGCUUCUGCUACGGCCAUGCCUCCGAGUGCGCCCCUGUGCCCGGGGUCAGCGCCAGGGAGGGCGGCAUGAUCCACGGUCGGUGCGUUUGCAAACACAACACUGAGGGACUGAACUGUGAGCGCUGCAAAGACUUCCACCACGACCUGCCAUGGAGCCCGGCUGAGGUGGAGGACUCGCACGCGUGUAGAGAGUGCGAGUGCCAUGGCCACGCCUCCUCCUGUCACUUCGACAUGGCGGUGUACUUGGCCACAGGAAACAGCAGUGGAGGAGUGUGUGACCUGUGCCUCCACAACACUAUGGGGCGCCAGUGUGAGAGCUGCAGACCCUUCUACUACAAGGACCCCCAGAGAGACCUGAGGGACCCCCAAGUCUGCCAGCCCUGUGACUGUGACCCAGUCGGCUCUGUGGAGGGGGGAGUCUGUGACAGUCACACAGAUCUGGACUCUGGUCAGAUCUCGGGUCAGUGUCGGUGUAAAGUGAACGUCCGAGGCCUCAGGUGUGACGACUGUAAAGAAGGAUACUACGGCCUGAGCCUGAGGGAUCCCCAGGGCUGCCAGCCGUGUAACUGCGACCCUCGGGGGAUCGUCCUCAUGGGGGCGCCGUGUGACCAGAUCAGUGGAGACUGCUCCUGUAAACGCUAUGUGACCGGACGCUACUGCAACCAGUGUCUGCCUGAGUUCUGGGGCCUGAGUAACGACCUCGCCGGCUGUAGACCAUGUGACUGCGACUUCGGGGGAGCGCUUAACAAUCGCUGUAUGAUGGACAGUGGUCAGUGCACCUGCCGAGAGCACCUGAUUGGUCGGCAGUGUUCAGAUGUCCAGCCUGGAUUCUUCUGCGCCGCACUGGAUCAUUACAAAUAUGAGGCCGAAGAGGCGACUGGACACUCCCCUAGCGACCCAGUACUCCCGGGUAAGCUCCGCCCCCAGGCUGACACAGACUGCGUACAGCACCUGAGUGAGCAGCUCCGUCGCCAUCGGCGACAUCGACGUUUAGAAAACCUGCAGCAGGACCGAGCUGCGCUCCGGAGAAUACGACAACUACGCCAGACGCCCGACGUGCGGCUCGUUCACAGAGAGCACUCCUCUAGUCUCCUGGUCACUUGGACCGGACCCGGUUUUGCUCGGGUCAAAGAUGGCGCCGGCCUGGUUUUCAAUGUGGACAACAUUCCCCAUGCCAUGGAAUAUGACAUCAUGAUCCGCUACGAGCCCGAGUCCACAGAGGACUGGGAGGCGGUCGUCAGCGUGUCAUCGCUCCACCUGCCCUCUAGUCUGCGCUGUGGAAACCUGUUGCCCACAGAACAGCUAUACACGGUGACACUGCCGCACCGCAGCAGAUACGUUCAGAUGCCUCGGGGCUUCUGCUUCGAGCCCAAUAACAGAUACGUUUUGUCGAUUCGGUUCCAGAGACACGGCGUCACCUAUAGACACCUGACGGCCUUCAUCCUCAUAGACUCGCUGGUCCUGCUCCCGAAGUACACAGAGCUUCCUGGUUUCCAGGGUGACAGUCCGGAGGCGGAGCUUCAUGCUGAGCACAUGCAGAGAUACAUGUGUCCGGACGCCUUCCUCAUAAGCCCCACCCCCCCGCUUGCCGAAAUGUGCGCUAAGCUAGUGUGUAGCAUCUCUGCACUGAUGCACAAUGGCGCCUUGCCAUGCGAGUGCGAUCCCGAGGGCUCUCUCUCGGGGCAGUGUGAGGAGGUCGGAGGUCAGUGUCGCUGUAAACCAAACGUAAUUGGACGUCGCUGUGACCAGUGCGCCCCAGGAACCUACGGCUUUGGAGUCAGCGGCUGCACACCGUGUGAGUGCCAUCCUGAGGGCUCCCUCUCUCACCAGUGCUCCUCGGGCAGUGGGCAGUGUCAGUGUCGACCUGGUGCCAGUGGGAGGCGCUGUUCCGAUUGUCACCCUGGGCACUGGGGCUUCCCGAGCUGCAGCCCAUGUCAGUGUAAUGGGCACGCCGACCUGUGCCACACCCACAGCGGAGAGUGCCACGCCUGCAGAGACCACACGGGGGGGCACUUCUGCGAAAGGUGUGAGGAUGGCUUCUAUGGAAACCCUGUCCUGGGGUCAGGUGAGCACUGUCGGCCCUGCCCCUGUCCAGGUGCUCCAGGCUCUGACCACUUCAACGCCGUGUCCUGCCAGGCUGACCGCGACGGAGACCAGAUUGUGUGCAACUGCAAACCCGGCUACACAGGAGCACGCUGUGACCAGUGUGCCCCUGGGCACUUCGGCGGCCCCUCUGUCCCAGGUGGGCUGUGUGAACCCUGCCAGUGUAAUGGAAACAUCGACCCCCUGGACCCCACGUCAUGUGACCCACGGACUGGCACCUGUCUCACCUGUCUAUACCACACGACUGGUGCCAACUGCGCCCAGUGCCAGAGGGGUUACUACGGAAAUGCCCUCAACCAUGACUGCAGACGUUGUACGUGUGUCUCUGCGGGUACUCUGGCCUCUGCCUGCUCCGAUGGUUUGUGCGAGUGCCGCACAGAGACAGGAGAGUGCCCGUGUCGGGGGAACGUGAUCGGGCACAGCUGUGACCAGUGCGCCCCAAACCACUGGAACUACGGACAGGAGGGCGGGUGCCAGCCCUGCUCCUGCCACCCGCGACAGUCGCUGGGGCCACACUGCAACAUGUUCUCGGGGCAGUGCCAGUGUCGUUCGGGCUUCGGGGGGCGGACGUGCGAGGAAUGUCAGGAGCUGCACUGGGGAGACCCUCGAACUCAGUGCACAGAGUGCCAGUGCCACCCUCUGGGCUCAGAGUCUGCCCAGUGCGACAGGAGCACAGGAGCCUGUCAGUGCCGUGAGGGAGCUGCAGGUCCACAGUGCGACAGGUGCGCCCGCGGGUUCUCGGGCGUGUUCCCCGCCUGCGCCCCCUGCCACGCCUGCUUCACUCUGUGGGACGACGCGCUGUGCCAGCUCAAACGUGACCUGGAGCACAUCUUGCUUGCGGCGGAGGGCAUUGUGGAGGGAGGGACGGGGCCCGGCGUCAACGACAGCCGCGUGCAGGAGCUGUGGAGGAGGAUCCGGCAGGUGCAGGCCCUGCUGACAGGCGAGGAGGCGGAGCAAGUGCAUCAGCUGAUCGCACAGAGUCUGGACGACAUCAGGGCAGAGAUGGCGGUGUUGGACGGGCGUCUGAUGUCCCUCGGCUCAGACCUGAACGCCUCUGUAUCUCAGGAGGCUUCAGUAAGAAAGAGGCUGGGGCAGAUGGAGGAGGAGCUGAGUAACCUCAACCAAACUCUGAGCCAGAAAAAGCAGCUGCUCCAGGAUCUGCUCACCUCUGGAUUCAAAGAUCAGUUUGAGAAGGUGAAGCGGUUUUACUCUCAGUCCCUGGCGGCCGAGCAAAGGUGUAACUCCUCAGUGUCCGGUCCUCUGAGUCCCGUGGAACAUUCCCAAAGAACCCGAAAUGACACGAAAAGCAUUCUGGAUGCAAACAGGGAAAGACUGCAGCGAACCAUCUCAGCCCAGAACCGCUCCCUCAUAGAACUGCAGCAGAAGACCACAGAGCUGGAGGAGAGGGAGAGGAGCCUGAGCCAGAAGGUGUGCGGAGGCGCUCUGAACGCCACCUGCUCCGACAGUUUGUGUGGAGGGGCCGGUUGCCGUGACACUGAGGGGGCGGCGGUCUGCGGGGGUGAGGGGUGUAGCGGCACUGUGAGCACAUCGAAGAGAGCCCUAAGCCACGCCCACAACGCCACAAGGAGCCUGAACACCGCCAACAACGAGCUCCAGGAGGUCGCCAAAAAGCUCCAAGACCUGAACGUUCUGACCCAGGACGUGAAGCUCCAGGCCCUGAGCGCUCUGCAGAAGGCACAGAGCAAGAAACAACAUUUGCAGACGUCCAACCAGCAGCUCAAGGACUUCAUCAAGAACAUCAAAGACUUCCUCACCGAGGAGGGAGCAGAUCCUGAGAGCAUUGAGAAGGUCUCCCUGCAGGUGUUGUCCAUCUCGUUGCCUGUGAACAGAACGGCUCUGGACUCCAUGGUUUCUCAGAUAAAGACGUCGCUCUCUAACCUGACCAACAUGGAGGAGCUGGUCAACCGCACGUCCAACGACAUCGGGAGAGUCCGCGAGCUGCUGCAGCACGCUCAGGAUGCCAAAACCAGAGCCGAAGGUGUGAAGGACGCAGCUAAUCAGACAAAGCAGGCCCUGGACCAAUCAGAGAAGGCCAUUAAUAAGGCCACAGACGCCCUGUGGCAGGCUGUGAAGAACCUGAACAACACCAGGAAUGCCACGGCUCAGGUAGAUGAGAGGCUGUCUGACCUGGAGCAGAGGCAGAUGGACAUGAUGCUACGUUUGAUGAACCUGUCUGGAGGAGUGGAGAACCUCCGGAACAAAACCCUACAGAACCAGGACAUGGCCAAAGAGGCUGCGGCACUGGCGGCCCAAGCCCAGGACCAGGCCUCGUCUCUGGGCACGAGUCUGAAUGACACAGAGCGAAGGUACGAGGAGCUGCGGAAGAAGCUAGACUCUUUUGGAGGAGAAGGUCUGGACAUGGUCAGUGAGAGAGCGGAGAACCUGAGGAGAGAAGCCGAGGAGCUGCUCAACAAAGCCAACAGUGGAGUGGAGCAGCUCAAGAAGCUGGAGAAGAAGUUCCGCAAUAACGAGCAGAAGAUGCAGCGUCAGCGCUCCGAACUCGAGGAGCUUCGAGGAAACGUGACCUUUGUGAGGGACGAGAUACGAGACCAAGUCCAGAAGUACAGCAACUGUGUCUAAGACCAAAACCAGGAUCAGGACCAAGACCAAGACCAGAGACUAAACCAGAGACCAGGACUGAGACCAGAGACCAGCGUCCAUAUGUUUGUGAGGGACGAAAAA